ACUCAUCAUUUCAUUUCAUAUAAUACAAAGCCUAUUCAUUGAUACAUCAAAAAUCCGUUGCCACUGUACAUUGAUCACCUUUCUCAAACUUCAUUUUUUUUUCUGUAUUGUAAUUUUUUGAUUCUGAAAAGUAGUAGCCUCUUUCUCUAAUCCAAUAUUCUGUGUUCAAAAAAGGGUAUUCUUAUUCCCAGUAUAUGAUUCUGAUCAAUUAAUUAUAACUAUCUUUGGGGGAAUCACAAAAAUCUUAUCAUUAUAGUACUAACCUAGCACGCCACUUGUUUGUGAAAUGGAAACUUUAUUUUCUACUUCUUUUUUACCAAAUUCAAGUUGGAUAAACGAGAAGAGAGAAUGGACUAAAGAAGAGAACAAGCAAUUUGAAAGUGCUAUUGCAAUAUAUGAUGAGAAAACUCCUGAUAGAUGGUUUAAAGUGGCUGCCCUCAUCCCUGGAAAGUCAGUUAUUGAUGUAAUGAAUCAAUAUAAAGCACUUGUUUCAGAUGUUUCAGAUAUUGAAGCUGGAUUGGUUCCAAAUCCUGGUUAUUUCGCGUCUUCGAUUACCUUGGAAUUGGUUGAUCAUUGUGGAUUACAAACAUUUAGAAAAAGAGGGAGUAAAUCAUCUGAUCAAGAAAGAAAAAAAGGUGUACCAUGGACUGAAGAAGAACACAGGAGAUUUCUGAUGGGACUUGAGAAGUAUGGAAAAGGGGAUUGGAGGAACAUAUCGAAGAAAAUGGUAAUUUCAAGAACUCCAACUCAAGUAGCUAGUCAUGCUCAGAAAUACUAUCAGAGACAGAUAUCAGGAGGAGGCAAAGAUAAGAGGAGGCCUAGUAUUCAUGACAUUACGACUGUCCAUAUCACCGCGGACUCCGCGUCCCCAAACAACCUAGUAUAUAACAUCAAUUCCUUCUCUAAAGAAAAGUUAUAUGCAGAAACCAGUUCCUCUUUCCAGAAAUUUACAGCUACAACAGAUAUUGUGAACUGCUGGAAUGCCAACUUAUCAAAUGAUCAUGAAGAUCUGAUGGAUUUUGGAUCAUCAUUUGUCACCUACCCAUAUGAGAUUGCUUCACAGUCUUGGGAUGAACAUGGAACUGACGACUCACAACUCCAGUUCCAAUCAACAAGAUAUCAGAUAUGGGGUUGAAAAAUGUACUGGAUUCUGUUUUAAUUUGUAAUCUUGGUAUUAAAUUAUUAAUUAAUGUAACUCAAGUUUAGUU